AACAGGAGGCCAUCCUGAAUAUGCAAAAAGAGGGGAGGACAAUUCACGACACAGCGCGGAUUUUGAUGGUCAGCCCGGCGUCAGUUUUUAACGUUCGGAAGAGGAAACAAGCGAAGGUGAUGGAGAAGAGGGGACCGAAGAGGAUCCGGUUUUCGGCUAUGGAUUCCUUCGACAUUGAUGUCAUACGUCGGGAAGUAUAUGCCAUGUACGCAGAGACGGUAUACCCGACUCUUGAUUCCAUACUUGCACGGCUCAAGAAGAAGGAGGACGAGGAUGGGGAAAAUGUUCAUUUCCCAUAUGGAAGAACAUCUCUCCAACAUAUUUUAUGCCAGGAAUUGGGUUUCAAGUUUAAAAAGUUUGAUCGGAAAGAGAUGGUGAUGCUGAAACCUCAUGUUCAAGCUGCCAGGUACGAUACUCAUGAUCUUGUGAGGAAAGGCUGGAGCGACGGGUCAAGGGAAUGCCUCUUCAGCCAUCCCCCAAGUCGUGGGAAGAGAAUUAUCAUUCUCCAUGCCGGGAUUCAGAAGCCAGUUCAGAAGCCGGAUGCUUUCAUAUGGCCAGCAAUUUUGCGUUCUUCCAAGCUGAGAUAUGAUGACAGUAGGGAGAACACUGGGAUCAUCCUUAAUACAACCAAGAGGAGGAAUCACGGUCGUUCCAAGCAUGGACGUGGACAUGUCAACCCCAUCCGAUGCACCAACUGUGCAAGAUGUGUCCCUAAGGAUAAGGCUAUCAAGAAAUUUGUCAUCAGGAACAUAGUUGAGGCUGCAGCAGUGCGAGAUAUCCAGGAUGCAAGUGUUUAUCAAUGUAAGACU